AUGAAAUUGGAUCCUGGACAUACAGUGCUGACACACGGGCGAUUCAGUUUGCUGUCGAGUAAUCCGAGCCAUCCCGAUAAUUUGCGGAAACUAUCGAAAACGAGUAUACCGUCACAAAUGCCGAAGCUAGGCGGGGGCAUUGAUGUGGAAGGUGGCGCUAGCAGUGUAUUGGGCAAUAACAAGGUAGG